AGAUUCAAAAGCCUCUGAGCUAACCUGUCUGAGCUGCUACUUGGGAAAUAAUCCCUCCUUUUCGCACGACACAACCGUAAGCCGCCGCUGUUGGCGUGCACAAACGCAAGGCCUCCGCCCCGCACCCGCCGCUGUUGGCGCGCGCCACCGCAAGGCCUCCGCUGUUCGCACAACCGCAACUCCGAAGUCCGUCUGCAAUCGAAAUCGCACUUCCACUGUCCGCGAGUUGUAACUUUUUGCAGGUUUUGACCCUGGAAGCAAGAAAACACAAGUGUGGUUAUAAUUUCAAGUUCCUUCACUGUGUUGUGCCAAAAAGAGUUCUGUGUUGCUUCCUUUGUGCAUCAAUUGUAGCUACCAUGCCUUCAGUGCAUCGGGGAAACUUCUCCAAUCGCCAAACCCAAUUCUCUGCACGGAGGCAGAAGAUUAUACAACAGAGGAAGUCUCUUCCGUUGAGAAAAGACUGGCUGAAGAGGUUCGGAAGAACGAUGUGUUGAUUAUUGUUGGUGAAACUGGAAGUGGAAAGACCACUCAGAUUCCACAGUUUCUGUUUGAUGCUGGGUUUUGCCGCGAUGGAAGGGUUAUUGGGAUAACGCAACCUCGACGUGUAGCUGCUGUCACUGUGGCCAAACGAGUUGCUGAGGAAUGUGGUGUUGAGUUGGGCCAGAAGGUCGGGUAUUCUGUUAGAUUUGAUGAUGCUACCUCCGGGUCAACUAGGAUCAAAUAUAUGACAGAUGGGUUGCUUUUGAGGGAAGCAUUAUUGGAUCCUUAUCUUUCUAAGUAUUCUGUUAUUAUUGUUGAUGAAGCACAUGAGAGGACUGUUCACACUGAUGUCUUGAUGGGGUUGCUAAAAAGUGUACAACUUGCUCGGUCAAGUUCUGUCAGUGAUGGUCGAGGCCUAAAUUUUGGAAACAAGAAUGUGAAUAAUGUCAUGUUGGAGAAAGAAAAUGAUCAGAGUGGUAGUUUUCUUAAAAAGCCCCGCCAUGAGAAGUAUGCUCCAUUGAAGUUAAUCAUCAUGUCUGCUAGUCUUGAUGCACGUGCUUUCUCUGAGUACUUUGGUGGUGCCAAAGCCGUUCACAUCCAAGGGAGACAGUUUCCUGUAGAUAUAUUUUAUACUCUCCAUGCAGAGACAGAUUAUGUAGAUGCUUCUUUGAUAACAAUAUUCCAGAUUCAUUUAGACGAGGGCCCUGGUGAUAUACUAGUAUUUCUUACUGGGCAAGAAGAGAUUGAAUCUGUUGAAAGGCUUAUCAAUGAAAAACUCCCACAAUUACCUCAAGAAAAUCAGAAGCUUCUAGUUGUGCCUAUAUUUGCAGCUCUUCCAUCUGAGCAGCAAAUGCGUGUCUUUGCACCAGCUUCAUCUGGGUUUCGAAAGGUUAUAUUGGCAACUAAUAUUGCUGAGACAUCAGUAACAAUUCCUGGAAUCAAAUAUGUAAUUGAUCCUGGAUUUGUUAAAGCACGUUCCUAUGACCCUGGAAAAGGCAUGGAAUCCUUGAUUAUAGUACCUACAUCGAAGUCACAAGCUCUGCAAAGAAGUGGGCGUGCAGGGCGUGAAGGACCUGGAAAAUGCUUCCGCUUAUAUCCAGAAAAAGAAUUUGAGAAACUCGAGGAUUCAACAUUGCCAGAGAUUAAGCGGUGCAACCUUUCUAAUGUCAUUUUGCAACUUAAGGCUUUGGGUGUUGAUGACAUUCUAGGGUUCGAUUUCAUUGAGAAACCUCCAAGGGCAGCUAUUCUAAAAUCAUUCGAGCAGCUAUUAUUGUUAGGUGCCCUAACAGAUGAAUGUCAACUAUCUGAUCCCGUUGGGCAUCAAAUGGCUCGACUGCCCUUGGAUCCUGUUUAUUCCAAAGCUCUUAUUUUAGCUAGUCAGUUUAACUGCUUGGAGGAGAUGUUGAUAACUGUAGCACUGCUUUCUGUGGAAUCCAUAUUUUAUAGUCCUCGUGACAAGUUAGAAGAGGCAAGAACUGCAAUGAAAUGCUUCUCAAGUUCAGAGGGAGACCACAUCACUUUGAUUAAUGUGUAUAGAGCAUCUAAUGAUUUCUUGGAGAAGAGAUCAAUGGAAAUGAGUACAGCAAAGUGUGAAAAGGUUUAUAGAAAAUGGUGCAAGGAAAACUUUAUUAAUAGCCGGUCUCUUAGACAUGCUCGUGACAUUCACAGGCAGAUUCAGGGACAUGUUCAACAAAUGGGUCUGAAUCUUUCAUCUUGUGGAGAUGAUAUGCUUCAAUUUCGCAGAUGCCUUGCUGCUUCCUUUUUCCUCAAUGCAGCUGUAAAGCAACCAGAGGGGACAUACAGGGCUUUGGCAAAUCACGACACAUGUUUAGCUUCUUGUGACAUGAUCUCUCUCUCUCUGUCUCUCCAAGUUGGCAAGCAAAAGGGUUACUCAUAGAAGGAAAAGAAAUUCAAAAUAUUUCAGUCAGGAAAACACACUAAAGGUAAUAUCAC